GGGGCGUGUCUUGUAUCACUUUUCACCCGGGAAGGUGCACUAGCAACAUUGUUGCUCCUGAAACAGUGAUAAGCUUGUUACAAAUGCCCGCCACUUCUGAUAUCCACACGGGAGAGAUGCAGCGGGACGCGGCUUGUGACAAUGCGGAGAAGCAGGCGGCGGAGAGAAGGAAUAAAUCAGGCUUUCUGUGCGAUGAACGCGGGUACCUGGAUUUGGUCGAGCACAUAAUUCAGAACGGCGGCAGGAAGGGAGACAGAACCGGAACCGGAGUCGUCUCUGUGUUCGGUGCUCAAGUCAGAUACUGCCUUCGCGACCAGUUUCCUUUACUGACCACCAAAAGAGUUUUCUGGAAAGGGAUCCUGGAAGAACUGCUGUGGUUUAUUAAGGGGUCCACAAAUGCCAAGGAGCUGUCAGACAAAGGUGUGAGGAUUUGGGAUGCCAACGGGUCCCGGGCCUUUCUGGACAAACUGGGCUUCACGGACAGAGAGGAGGGGGAUCUGGGACCUGUGUACGGUUUCCAGUGGAGGCACUUUGGUGCAGAGUACAAAGAUAUGCACACAGAUUACACAGGGCAGGGUGUCGACCAGCUGCAGAAAGUCAUUGAUACCAUCAGGAAAAACCCAGAAGACCGGCGGAUCAUCAUGUGUGCUUGGAACCCUAAAGACCUCCCCCUCAUGGCUCUGCCCCCGUGCCACGCUCUGUGCCAGUUCUACGUCUGUGAUGGCGAGCUGUCCUGUCAGCUGUACCAGCGAUCGGCCGAUAUGGGUCUUGGGGUGCCGUUCAACAUCGCCAGCUAUGCUCUUCUCACCUACAUGAUCGCUCACAUUACAGGACUCAAGCCGGGGGACUUUGUUCAUACUCUGGGUGACGCUCAUGUCUACGUCAACCAUAUUGAGCCUCUAAAAGAGCAGCUCCUCAGAGAGAUACGUUCUUUCCCAACAAUGAAAAUCAAGAGAAAGGUUGAAAGUAUCGAUGAUUUCCAGGCGGACGACUUUGAGAUCUGUGACUACAACCCUCAUCCCACCAUCAAGAUGCAGAUGGCAGUCUAAAACACACAAACUAGUAUUAUUAUCUUUAAAUGUAUGGUCUUUUUAGCAAGAACUGCAUGUGUUUGAAAUGUUUUCCUAAGUUACAGGAAGUAGCUUAAGAUCAAUUUGUCCCAGAAUGUUUUCUUCCUGCUGUUGCUUAAAUGUCGAAUUUUCUGUAUUUUUUAAUAUAAUUCUGUAAAUAAAAAAACUGAAUCUUG